UCAAAAGUCCAGAGGCACCGUCCAGGGUGCAGGUAGCCGCUGGGCUGCGGGAUACCUGGACCCCAGGCCUUGGUGUGCGCUUCCCAGGACGGUGACAAGCUUCCCUAAGCUUCGGAUCUCGGAACUCUGGGAAUUCACGGCGCGAAAUCUCAGAACUUAAGGCAUCUGAUGGAAUUUUGGGUUCCAUUCUGAAGUUAUUUUGGAGGGUGAUCCGAGAAGCUCGAGAUGCUCUGGCCUUAUAACUUCCGGACCUUUGUCCUUUCUGGAGUGACUAUUUCCAAUCGACCCCGGCUCCGCUCGGUGGAGACAAUCCCAUCAAAGGCUGUCAGUCGGUUCAGUGGGAACUGUUAAAGGAAGCGUCAGCCCGCGAAACCGGGAGGGCUAUCCUGGUCAAAGCCGCCCGCAGCCCUGUUAUUGUUUGCCUCUACAUUUGCAUUUCUACCUUGCUGGACUGUUUCCGGUUUUUGUUUUUUAAUUGGAGCAGUUCACUCUUCAUGCAAUGAGAGGGAAGUAGAAAAAGCAAAUGUCUUUUAGAAUUCUUUCGGUUCCUGGUCGAGGUAGAAUGUUCACCCCCCCCCCAUUAUUUUAUUAUUAGUAUUUAAAUUCCUAGGCUGCCGAGUUAACCGCGUUUGGAAAAGAAGAGGUGUUUGUUUUGGUGCUAACCUGGGUCCCUCCCCUCUCAAAUGGCUUGCUCCACCCCUUGCAUGGCCCUGUAGGCGGGCGAUACCAUUGCACUGGACAAGGGUUGGAAAGUGCAGAGGGCAGGUUCUGGACAUUUUGGAGAUGGCUACAUUUGAGAACUAAAAUGGUGAAGGAGUGUAAAUACGGGUCGUUUGUGAGAAAGAAACUAACUUACGCUUCCAGCUUUUGGGCUAAACCAUUCUAAUUUCAGACGCGGACAGAACGUCGAGGAAGCGGAAGGGGCAGGCUUUGGAGGCAGGCAGCCCGAGACACCACGCUGCUUUCCAGGGAGCUAUGAUGGAGGAUUUGCCGUUAGAACUCGACGUGGACACUCCUCUUAGUCAAACAACAUUUUCAGAGCUGUGGAACCUGCUUCCUGACAAGGACCUGAGCUCAGUGCUGUGUCCCUCAGAAACCUUUACCGACUUCCUGGAUGAAACUUCAGAUGAAGCUUCCGAAAUGCUCACAGUUCCUGUACAAGCAGCACCAGUACCAGCUGCCCCUGCACCAGUCACUGCUUGGCCCCUGACGUCCACUGUCCCUUCCCAGCAGAAUUACCCAGGCAACUAUGGUUUCCGCCUAGGGUUCCUGCAAUCUGGGACAGCCAAAUCUGUAACUUGCACGUACUCCCCUGAACUCAACAAGCUGUUUUGCCAGCUGGCAAAGACGUGUCCUGUGCAACUGUGGGUUAAUUCGCCACCACCAAUGGGUAGCCAUGUUCGCGCCAUGGCCAUCUACAAGAAGUCAGAGCAUAUGACAGAGGUUGUGAGGCGCUGCCCCCACCAUGAGCGCUCGGACUGCAAUGAUGGUUUGGCUCCUCCUCAGCACCUCAUCCGGGUGGAAGGAAACAUGCAUGCCCAGUAUCUGGAUGAUGAGAAGACUUUCCGACAUAGUGUGGUGGUGCCCUAUGAGUUGCCUGAGGUCGGAUCCGAUUGUACCACUGUCCACUACAACUUCAUGUGUAACAGUUCCUGCAUGGGAGGCAUGAAUCGGCGGCCCAUAGUCACCAUCAUCACACUGGAAGACUCCAGUGGCAGUUUGUUGGGACGGGGCAGCUUUGAGGUUCGUGUCUGUGCCUGUCCUGGGAGAGAUCGUCGCACAGAGGAAGACAAUCUCCACAAGAAGGAGGAGUCUUGCCCCAAACCUCCUCGGAGCACUAAGCGAGCAUUGCCCACUGGCACCAACUCAUCUCCCCAACAAAAGAAGAAACCUCUGGAUGAAGAAUACUUUACUCUUCAGAUCCGUGGGCGCGAACGCUUUGAGAUGUUCCGACAACUAAAUGAAGCCUUGGAGCUGAAGGAUGCUCAUGAGGAGAAGGAGUCAGCGCCUCACUCCAGCCACCUGAAAUCCAAGAAGGGGAAAUCUACUUCCCUCUGUAAAAAGCUGUUGUUGAAGACAGAGGGGGUCGACUCAGAUUGAUAUCAUCUACUCUCUGUCCCCCUCCGACACCCCACCCUUGCCCCUCUUCUGUUGCAUUUAUUGGGCUUCAGCUUUAUUUUGCUUGAUACAGAUGUGCCUCAGAAAUGACUUUGGGGCACUACUAUAGAAGUUAGCCAGCACUUGUGUAUUUCUUUGUUUCGUUUUGUUUUUGGUGUAAGGUAUGGAUAGCUAAGAUUUUCUGGCUUAACUUGAAGGUUUUUUUUUUUUACCCUGAGAAACAUUUGGGAGAACUAGGAAGAUAAGAAAAGAUUUCUACACACAAGAAAUGAUUUAGGAAGGAUCUAGAAACAGCCAAACACUGCCUUGGCAGCCCCAUCCUCUACCACUUUGUCCAGGAAAGCUCAGGGAAGCUGUCUCAUGUUGUUGAAUUGCUCCUGGGUUUAGUGUCCAUGUUUAUAAAAUGCUGAGAGUCAUACCUAUCUCAUGGGACUUGCUGUGAGGAUCAAUGGAGUAAUAUAUGUCUGCCCCAAAGCCACCUUCUAUUACAUCAUGUCUGGGAUUGAUUGCCCUGGCGAGUGCUCUGUGCCCUCUGGUGGCUGGGUUGACAGCUUCUGUGGCUGGGCAGCUCUUAACAGGGUGGGAGUUUCCAGGUCUCUUCUCUGGCUUAGACAAACCCUGUUUUACUUCAGCUGGCUCCCAGGAGUAAUUCUUACUACAUCCCACAUCCUGGAGGGUUCUGUCUCUGUCUACCAAAAUGUUUCCUCUCCCCCCACAUGUGGUUUCUGCAAAGUGCAUCUGCAUUUUCAUCACCUACUCCCCUCCCCCCCCUUUUUUAAUCCUAUUUUUUAUACCAGUUUUCUUCUUUUACAAUAAAAGUUUUCUACCAUU